UCAAAUCUCCAGCCCCAGCUUGCGGUUCAGGUAGUGCAGACACAGAAACGCCACACCGCGGAAGCCCACGCCUGCACACACACAAGGGUACCUUUGUGUGGGUUUGUGUGUGUGUGUGUGUUGGGGGGGCAAAGCUAAGCCGACCUAGUCCGAGGAGUAUGAAGCACAGAGUCCAGAAGUUCUGUUUCUCCAGGUCGAAGAACUCCAGCACACCGUCGCCGCCGUCAAUGUCGUCCUGGAAGCGGUCGUUGCCCUCAAACUCGUUGACCAUUAUGCCAAAAAACGAGUAACUGCACCGGCAGCCAGAGGAGAGAGAGGGAGGGCGAGAGGAAAGUGCGCGUGGUGGCUGGGGUGGCUGGGGUGUCUGUGCUGUGUGGACCAUUCUUGUCAUCCCUUUCACUUUUCACUUUUAAUACCGGAUAAAGCUGAUGUACUUGAGCCAUGCGAUCCUGGCAGACAGACAGAAAGACAGACAGACACCCAGAGGGAGCAACAAGGCGUGGAGACGUAGUCCACAUCGCACGGCGUGUCGGUCUGCCUGCCUCACUCACCAUGGCGGGAUGUCCCCGUCCUUCAGGUAGUACCCAGAGGUCAGCUACACACACCGCACACACACAGAGAGCCCAUCAACAGACCAACAUCUAUCCGCUUCCCAGACACACUGACACACUGACACAGUGACACACUGCCUCACCCACCCACCAUGAGUAUGACCAUCAACAUCCCAAUGAAGAUGUUCCCUAUGUCAGGCGAGGGCGAGGCAGCGGCGACGGAGACCAUGAGGGCAAACGAGGCGUACACGGUGAUGUUGGAGAUGAAGAGGAACUUCAGGAAGUAUACGAAGCCGGGGCGGAGACCCACCAUGAAGUAAAAUAUGGCGCAGAAACACGUCGGCGGGAUCUGAGUAUCAGAGACAAAGGGGGAGGGGAGGCAGGGGAUGCAAGAAGGAAGGGAGAAACAGGCGAAAUGAGCCUCUCUCUCCCUGUCUGUCUGUCUGUCUGCCUGGCUGUGUGUAUGUGACUGGGUGAGUGAGUGACUGAGUGGGUGGGAUGGGUUGCCUACGUGGACGAAGAGGAACUCCCCGAUGUCCUUGGCCACGAAAUAUGCGAACGUUCCGUGAAUGCCGUUGGCCGUGUCCCUACACACACAACACCGACACACACACACACACACACAGAGAGAGAGAGAGAGCGGUGGAGUUGCGUCUCCCUCCCUCCCUGUGUCCUUGAUUCACGCAUUCACACACCGACCGGUUGAGCAGCGCUCUCUCCGGGGCGAGUGUCAUCAUCACAGAGAACGUGCUGUGUGCAAGAGAGAGAGAGAGAGAGAGGCAGAAGGGGAGAGGCAGAGCUCGCGGCAUCCACACGCACUUGCAUGAAUGCGAAGUUCAUUGCAACGAAGAAGAUCGCGCCAGCUCUGUUCUGGGCAUCGGAGAGGCCCGAGUCGCCCAGCUGCCUGCAACACAAAUGUGACACAAAUCAUACUCACACAAAUCAAUCAAAUCGGUCGUCGCUUCUGUCUUUUUCCCGUUGUUUGACUGACCAGAAAAUGGCGCCGAGGACGAAGGCCAUGAAGAUGUUCUGGCUGACGUCGCCCAUGGCCUUCAACGGAUUGCGCAAACUGUUGAGCACUGUCCUGCACACACACAGAUGGGCGCCACACGAAGACACACACAUGUUUUCUCUCUCUCUCUGUCUCCGUCUAUGUGUGCCUGCCCAUAGAUACAGAGAAUCUCGUUUCCUCACCGUUUUGCGAGCACACAGACCUCCAGCCAGAAGCCGCUUAGCGUCUGCUUGACCGACUCGAGUGUGAUCUUAUUGGGCGGCGCGGCCGUCAUCCCGCCCUCCGAGCGCUUGUCCAGCUCCUUGUCGAUCUGAUCCUCUGCGAAACACACAUACACACACACACACACAGACACACCGAGAGACACAAAGCGAGAGAAGGAGAGGUGUGGGUGUGCAUUGACGAGCACCGAUUCUCUUCGCCAGGUCGCAUUGGUGGAACAGUUCUGGGAAACGCUCGAUCUCGGCGCCGGAGAUGUUGGUGCGGCCCUUGUCUGCCAUGGAUGCUGACGCAGACGGAUACACAGAGGGAGACACAGAUAUGGAGGGCGGUCUGUCAUGUGGCUGCAAGUAAGUAAUUACCUACCAUGGUUGUCUGCAGCCGGGGGUGCUGGUGCGUCUGGAGGAGCAUCUGGUUGGGCGUCUGGCCCGUCCCCAGUGGUGACCUUGUCGUUGUUGCCCUCCUCAUCGCCAAGCGGUGCCGGUGCUACUUUUCUGCUGCCGUAGUCGGCUUUUCCGCCCAACUCGCUGGCACGCUGCACACACACACACACACACACACAGAUAUGAGAGAACAGUCAUCCCAACUUUCUGCAACACAUUCUCGUAGCGUACCGUCUCAGUGAGGAUGUCGAGCAGAAAGUCGGCAGGGUUGAAGUGCGCCGGGCAGACGUACCCGUGCUUCUUGAAAUAUGCGUCGGCGUCCACGGCGGGCCCCUGGUACACCACUCGGCCGCGGGAGAGCAGCAGCAGCUGGUCGAAGAGGGCGAACACCUGAGACCUCUGAUGUCGCAAAAAGCGACAAAGACAUACACACACAAAGAGGGAGGUUAGGUGGUGGAUUGAGGGAGCCAUGGAGGUAGGUUUGACCGGCUGAUGGACGGUGCAGAUGAUCGUGCGGCCACCUCUGAAGAGAGAGACAGAUUACGGGGGACAGGGUGCGGUGCAGGGUGUGCUUUGAUUGUUGUGUGUGCAGGUGCUUACUUUGCGAGCUGCACGAGAAGCUUGAGCAUGUCGUAGGCAAGCGCGGCGUCCAAACCAGACGUCGGCUCGUCUAUACACAUAGCGUAUACGUCCACAAGACACACACCCACACACAUACGGGUCUCUCUCUCCUUCUCUCUCUCUCUCUCUCUCUCUCUCUCUCUCUCACUCACCCGCUUACCGAGGCACAGCAGUGCAGGGUCGUCCAGCAGCUCUUGAUCGCGAUGGAGACGCGCUUCUUCUCUCCGCCCGAUAUGCCCUUCUUCAUCGGACCGCCAACCGCCGUCCCGCGACACUUCUGCAGACCUGCACGCCCACAGACGCAGACACAAAGAGUGUCCCACUCACAACCCAUCGCUUCCCAAGUGGCUGGCAACGGUGCCGUCGUCUCACCUAGCUCAGCUAUGACCUUUUCGACCCGCUCCAUUCUCUCCUCAGGCUUCUUGUUGUUUGAGCUUGAGGGUCGCGUUGAGCCGCAGGGUCUCCUCGACUGUGAGGAAUUCCAGCAGACAGUCGCUCUGCAUCACGUAGGACACGAACUUCUUCCGGUUCUUCGGGUUCGCCUGUUCGCACACACACACACACACACACAGGGAUUGCUAUGCGCGAAUCAAUCGCUGCGUGGGGAUGCUUGCCUUGCCGUUGAAGUAGAUGGACCCCUCCCUCUCCCCGCCCGUGACCCUGCCUGCUAUUAGGUUCAUCAGGGUGGUCUGAACACAUUGAGACAUUCAUGUGUGCCUUCCUCGCCUCCCCUCCCUCACUCUUGCCCCUCUCACCUUGCCCGACCCUGACGGACCCUGCGCACAUUCACACACAGACAGAGAGAGAGAGAUGCAUGCCUCCCCUCCUUAACUCACCAUGAUGGCCAGCAGCUGGCCCGGCUGCAUCACAACAGACACACUCAGAACACACAUCGAGACAGAGGGAUGGGUGCGUGUGUGUGUGUGUGUCUAUGAUGGAUGGAUGGAUGGAUGGAUGGACGUCUUGGGUACCUUGACGAUCAGGUCGACAUCGUGGAUGAUCUGCGUCCGCUCCUCGCCCUGGCGCGUCUUCUUGACGAUCCAGUAGUUCAAGCCUACACCACACCAUCAACGAGCCAUUGUGCUCUCCCCCGAGCCCGGGGAAAGCGGGGAGGCUCGUGCAUAUCCCGUGUGGCUUCCCAAGCCCACCCAGCACUCCGCUUACCCUUGGCACACACCUGUGUACACACACAGAAGCGCACACAUAAAGCUGACCCUGGCACAGAGGCUGUACACGGCUUACGGUAAUGGGUUCAUGCUUAUGGAACACCAU